GCCCGGGAGCGGCGGCAUGGCCGGGCCGGGCCCCCCCGGGCCCCGCCGGGGCUCGGCCAAGGGCUGGGGGCUGCGCCUCGCCCUCCUGGGGGUCCUGCUGGGGCUCCCCCCGCGGGGCCGGGCGGGGCCGGCAGGGCCACUGUCCCACGGAGAGCGGGUCACCCCCCACUGGCUCCUGGGGGGCCGAGCCCGCCGAGCCGUCAGCCUGCAGGAGCAGGUGCCAGCCCCUGCCCGGGCAGAGGUGGCUGUGACGGCCGAGGGCAAGGAGCUCGUGCUGGUGCUGGAGAGGAACCAGCUGCUGGCUCCGGGCUACACGGAGACGCACUACAACGAGCAGGGCCAGCCCGUGACGGUGACCCCCAACCACACGGAGCACUGCCACUACCACGGCCACGUCCGCGGCCACCGCGGCUCCUGGGUCGUGCUCAGCACCUGCUCGGGAAUACGGGGCCUCAUAGUGCUGAGCAGCAACACCAGCUACUACCUGAGACCCCUGGGGACCCCCGAGCCCGGCCUCCACCUCAUCCACCGAGCAGAGCACCUGCCCCUGCCAGGGGGCACCUGCGGGCACGGCCAGCACCUGGGGAGCACCGUGGCUGGCAUUGCCCAGCUCUUCCAGCCGCAGCACCCACGGGCCAGGAGGGACGCCUGGAGGACCAUGAAGUACAUGGAGCUCUUCAUCGUUGCUGAUCACACCCUGUACAGGAACCAGAACCUCAACCUGGGCCACACCAAGCAGCGCAUCGUGGAGAUCGCAAACUACGUGGACAAGUUCUACAGGCUGCUGAACAUCAAGGUGGCCCUGAUCGGGCUGGAGGUGUGGACGGAGCGGGACCAGUGCGCGGUGAGCAGCGACGCCAACGCCACGCUCUGGGCCUUCCUGCAGUGGAAGAAGUCGCUGAGGGCGCGCAGGAAGCACGACAACGCCCAGCUGCUGACAGGGAAGACCUUCGGGGGCACCACCAUCGGGAUGGCGCCGCUGGAGGGGAUGUGCAGCGCCGAUAACUCCGGAGGGGUCAGCGUGGACCACGCGGAGCAGCCCAUCGGCGCCGCCGCCACCAUGGCCCACGAGAUCGGCCACAACUUCGGCAUGGUCCACGACACCCAGGGCUGCUGCGUGGAGGCCACCCCCGAGCAGGGCGGCUGCGUCAUGGCAGCAGCCACGGGGCACCCCUUCCCUCGCGUGUUCAGCUCCUGCAGCAGGAGGCAGCUGGAGAACUACUUCCAGAAGGGAGGGGGAAUGUGCCUCUUCAACCUGCCCGACACCAAGGACCUGGUGGUGGCACGGAAAUGUGGCAACGGCUUCCGCGAGGAGGGGGAGGACUGCGACUGCGGGGAGGUGGAGGAAUGCACCAACCCCUGCUGCAACGCUCACAACUGCACGCUCAAGGAGGGGGCCCAGUGUGCCCACGGUGACUGCUGCCACAGCUGCAAGCUGAAGGCGGCUGGGACGCUGUGCCGGGAGGCAGCGGGCUCCUGUGACCUGCCCGAGUACUGCACGGGAGCCUCGCCCUACUGCCCCGCCAACGUGUACCUGCUGGACGGCUCCUCCUGCGCCCGCGGCCAGGCCUACUGCAGCACCGGCAUGUGCAUGACCCACCAGCAGCAGUGCGUGCAGCUCUGGGGGCCAGGAGCGUGGCCAGCGCCCGACGCCUGUUUCCAGGACGUGAACAUGGCUGGGAACACCUACGGCAACUGCGGCAAGGACAGCCAGGGCCGCUACGUCAAGUGUGACAAGAGGGAUGCCAUGUGUGGGAAGAUCCAGUGCCAGAGCUCUGCCAAGAAGCCGCAGGGCACCAACACGGUGUCCAUCGACACCACCAUCCGCUUCAAGGGCCGCGAGGUCAAGUGCCGCGGCACCUUCGUCUACAGCGCCAAGGACGACCAGGAGGACCUGUCCGACCCCGGGCUGGUGCUGACGGGCACCAAGUGCGGGGACGGGAUGGUGUGCAAGGACCGGCGCUGCCAGAACGCGUCCCUGUUUGAGCUGGAGAAGUGCGUGUCCCGCUGCCACGGCCACGGGGUCUGCAACAGCAACAAGAACUGUCACUGUGACCCGGGCUGGGCGCCCCCGUUCUGCGAGAAGCCGGGGCUGGGUGGCAGCGUGGACAGCGGCCCCGUGCAGAGCCACAACCACGAGUCCAUCCUGAUCGCCCUGGUGGUCAUCUUCCUGUUCCUGCUGCCCGCCCUGGCGCUGAGCAUCUACUACUGGUACCGCCAGGAGAACUCCCUGCUGGCCAGGUGGAUCAAGGACACCAGGCACAGGGGCCAGCAGGCCUGCAGCAGGAAGAAGUCCAUGGGUCGGAAGUCGAGCAGUGCCCAUCCCAAAGCUGCUUUCACCCUGCGGAACAUUUCAGCCUCCAGCCACCCCACUGAGCAGGGCCCCCGGACCGCGUUCCUGCCCAAGGCCGGCGCUGCCCAGCCCGGCUCUCAGCCCGUCAACGUCGUCCACCCGCUCCGCCCGGCUCCCCAUGUCAUCCCCCCCCGCCCCCGAGACCCCCGACCCGCCAGGCCCCCUCCCCCGGCCGCCAAGUCACCCCUGGUCCCCACCAAAGCCGGCGCCUCCCAGGCCAAGCUCCCGCCGCCGAAGAAACCUCUUCCCUGCAGCCCCGUGAGGAGCCCCCAGGUGGUCCCAAAGCACCAAGCCCCGCGCCGGCCGCUGCCGGGGAGCCCCCUCCUGGCCAAGGAGCUGCCCCCUGCACACGGACAGACCCUGCUGGUCAUGGUCCCUCCUACCAACUUCAAGGUGCCGGGGACGAGUGGCUCGAGCCACCCCACGAGGCCGCUAAAACCGAUGCCACCUCAAAGGCCAGUCCCAGCCAUCAAAGUCCAGUCCACCUCCUUCUCCUCAAAGAAGUGACAGUCCCAGGACACUGACCCACCUUCCUGAGCUGGCUCUCCUGAUUUGCACUGCUGUGGCCACAGGGCUCUCCCGUUGCUCUUGUUUUAGUAACUCUUUUGAUACCAGAGGACUAUUUUUGUAAGACAGAAUUUGUAUUCAGCACACAAACUGUAGCGGUGGGGUGGAGAGGGGACAUUGGCACCACGGCUGGACCAGGGGUUGGUUGGAGGUGGGGUUCCCAUGAUGGAGAUCCCACCACGGCUCUUGGCACUGCUUCCUGGCCAAUUCCCCUCCCAGCUUCAGUUCUCUGGACAUUGCACACGGGCUGGGCUGGGGUGACUGGGGGAAGUGAACAUCCCCACCGAUGGAAGAUGCUGGUGACAGCGUGAUGUCCUUGCAGCUACCUCCUCCUCCUCCUCCUCCUUCUCCUCCAGGCCUGCAGCCCCAGCCGCUGCCAGCACAGCUCCACGCUGGGCAUCGUCUCGGGGAGACAGAAACCUGGUGCCCAGGCUGGGCUGGGCCACGCGGUGCUGGGACACUUCCAUGAAGGAUCCAAGUUCUCAGGCGCCUCCUGACCUCCUGUCCGCUUGCACAAGGAACAGCGGUGACGAUCCUGGGGUCACCUGGAAGGAGAGACUGUCUGGGAAUGUUUGAAUGCCCCAGGUGCCGGUGGCAGCUGCUUCCCAGGGUGCUUUUGAGGGGCUCGGGAGCCCUCACAACGUUGUCUGUUCCCUGCUCCUGGGCCAAGCCCAGCAGAGGCUCCGGGAGCCACUCACACUCCAAGGGGAAGGAGCCACGAGCUGGGAACAAGAGCAGGAGAAUUCCUGCCCGUGCCACUGGCUUGUCCCAAGCCCUGGCCAAGCCACUGCAUUUCUCUGUGCCUCAGUCCCCCGCCGGGGGUGUUUCCUACCUCACAGGGCUGUUGUGAGGUUUGACAAAGGGAUUCUUGGAAUCCCCAACCCUCCAUCCAAGGUGCUUUUGACCUGCACAGUUUGUGCCACUUUUCUGUGACUUGACCUGCGGCUCGAUCAAGGUCUGAGAUUACAACAAAGACUUUGAGAAAU